UCUGUCUCGUUAACAACAUCAUCCACAAUGGGGAGAAAGGUAUUGUUAGCAGUCUUGUGCUGGCUGACGUUAAGUCAAACAUCAGCAAAAGCCGCGGAGACAGCGUAUGGUGUUGGAUUUAUAGACAAUUUAAGUGCUGAAAGUGGGCCUCGCCUCUACAGAAAUGUACCGGUCGGUGUUUAUGCUAGUGCCACCCCUUACGCUUCUUAUUCAUUCCACGCUCCCACGUUCGUUGCGCCAAAAAACAAUCAAAUGAUACCCGUUCAGGAGGAAAGCGUUGUAGUACAGAAUUCAAACAGUUUUCUGAAGGAUUCUUAUGGACAAAGAUACGUGGAAGCUCCACAGACUGUAGCGUACAAAGCUACAUUUCCUCAACAAUAUGUGCAGUUACAAAACCUUCCGGCACAUCUCAGCCAACCAUUAGUCGCUACUGGUCAUAACUUCCAGUAUGGGCAAGCAACGCCCCAUUUUUUUGGACAGACUCAAAUAAGAGUGCCACAUUUUCAGACUUUAACCCCUUCAGGCAUACAUCAGUAUACAGCAUCGCAGCCAAUCAUAUAUGCGAACAAUGUAAGAAGCUUUUCUCCGUCAUCAGCGCCUUCUCAAGUUAAUGGAAAUUCUUUAUCUCAACAGCAACCCUUUGGCAAUAAAAAUGUUUACGUUAACAGUCUUACCGCAGAACAUUUCAAUAAAUUGCAGAAUGAACCAAAAUUCCAACGCAUACAAGAAGAAAAUAAAAUUUCACCAGCAGCUAGUAAUCACAAUAAUAAACAGAGUCAGCCACAUAUUGCACAAAACAAUAAAUUGCAAUUUGUUCAAGCUCCAAAAGAAACAAGCAUUACGACAGUGACAAACGGAAAGAAAACUAUAGUUAAUUUGAUUACUAAGCCACCACUACCUUUGCUAGACUUGACUUUGCUAGAGCCUUUGACAUUUAAAAAUCCCUUAGUGCCCCAAGUGCAGCAUUAUUUGCCAAGAAUAAAUCAAGUUACAUAUAAGAAGUUACCCGAAAUUAAUGAAGUAAAAAAACAUCAAAUGGAAUACGUAGUACAAAACACAAAGUCUUAUGAUAGUGGACUUAUAAAACCGAAGACAAAAAUUGAGGUACCGAAAAAGAAGCAGAAAACACAACCUCCUCAAAAUGAUUAUAGGGACGAAGAAGAAGUGCAUCCAAAGUCAAGUGUUUCCCACGAUAGCCCUAAUGAAAGUCCAGAAAUUUCUUAUAAUAUAAAUUCGCCUAAUCACAAAGAAACCUAUUCGGAACAAAAAACUAGUUAUAAUAAAGAGACACAAUCUGAACCGGUGAAUAUUAGUUAUGAAAAACAAAUUCAAAAUGAACCCGUACACUAUUCUUAUGAACAACACACUGAAAAGAAGCCGGUACAUUACAGCUUUGUACACAAUUCUAAUGAGCCGGUUAAAAAUAAACAAGUGCAUUAUGAGAAUAAUGAAGAAAGACCUAAACAGCUUAUCUAUAAUUUCAAAAGUGAUGAACAUAAUGAUCAACGUCGUCCCUCACCAGAUCAUAAUCAGCAAGACGGGUCUUCUGAAGAUAGUUCUGAAGAAGAAGAAACUGAAAAAGAACAGUUACACCCGCAGUUUGAACGAAACAAUAAUCGUCAAGAAUAUUACAGUGAUGAACCAAAGCAUUAUUAUAGCAAUCCAGAGCACAGAGGCCAAUCUUACAAACAUAAUUCUAAUGACGGCGCUUCUGAGGUUCAACACAAUGUGCCUCAAAGAGUUUCUCAUAAUCAGAGACAAAAUGUCGAGCAGCAUUUUCAACCUAUCAUUCCUGAGUAUGAGGAAGAUAUAACCAUACUUCCAACACAUAAGCCUCAUGCUCCCGUUCAUUCUGAUCAACAACAGAAUAGUCAUCUUCAAAGUAAGCGUGGUAAUCAUCGUGUACCACAAAAUGAACAACGCCAUUAUGAAUAUAGUAAACCACAUUAUUCGUCAUUGCCUGUUGUGCGUGAAAAAUCGGAACGAAUUAUUAUUAAAGAGGGAACCACUUCUGAAGUUCAUAAACCAAACAAUGAGUUAAUGGCGGAAAUGGUAAAAAAACAAGAGGAAAGUGAAGAAGAUUUUGAGAAAGCUUAUAAAAAUGCCGCCUACGGAUUCCCAGCAUUCGAUGCACCUUCAAUCGAUAUCGAGAAAGAGAUUUAUAACCCCGACUCUUACGCCAAGUCUCAGUAUCAUAAAGACUAUGAUGUAGAAAAAAGUCCAUUACGGCAAUAUGAGGCAGAUGGCGAUGAAUAUCCAAAACAAACACGUUCACAACAUAAAGAUGCCCGAGACAAGACAAUGGAAGAAUAUUUCUUAGAUUAUGCUGUGAGCAGACCCGAAAGUCUUCUUGAUCGAUACAAGAAUAAAGAAGACUAUUACAAAACAUAUACUCAACAAAAGCCCAAUCACUAUUUAGCUAGUGAGAAUGAAGAUAAAAAUCAAAAAGCAAAAUUCACAGCUUUGCCUUCAUACGGAUAUCACACAAACCCUCAACAAAAACAGGAAUUUUCUAAAUAUAGAGCUGUUCCACGUUUUGAGGAAUACAGUUACAACAAAGAAGCGCCCCGAGAUAAUUCCGCGUACGAUUCGCGACCACAUCAGCUAUAUAAAAUUAAAACUCAAUUUGUAGAACCACAAUAUCAAUAUGGAUUUGAGCCUUUAUCAUUACCACGCUUGCUAGACAGUGAAUUAGCAUCGAUGGCGAGUAACGAUAGUCCCAAAAGUGAGAAGCUAGAAUCGAAAAAAAAAAUUUACAAAACAAACUGGUAUUUAAAGAAAAUUAGUUCGAAAGGCGGGAAAACGGGAAGUUGA